CUAUCAAUAUGUAUAUGUCAUCAAUCAAUUCCUUUGCAGCCAACUGCUUGCUUCUUUAUUUGAUCAGUUCAUUUUGUAGCAGAGCCGAAAAGUCAGACUGGAUCCCUUACAAAAUCAACGAUUCUGCGCAUUAUCAAUUUCGAUCGAUACAACCAGAAUCAGUUCUCUCAGAAGAACAGUUCCGGUCUAAUGUUCCAAAACGUCCACAAUACGUUCAUCAUCCUAAGCAUAAUUUGAUGCAACCUGGGAUACUUAUUAAGGAUCGCUCUGAAGACAACGCGAAGAAAAAUAUAGCAAGAUUCAUGUCAGAAUAUGAGUUAGAAGAAAUCUACAGACCGUACUAUGAUUCUCAAUUUAUUAGAAAUGAAAAAAUUCCUAAAAAAGAAAACGCACGAUUAGAGCACGAAGAGACUCGAGAAAUUGACGAGGAAAUAAUGAAGAAAAUGAGUUUGCUAGACAAAGUAUUAUCCGAAGAUACUGACAAGUAUGACAUUGAGAUGAAGAACACUAUUGAAGACGAAAUCAUUGCGGAAAUGAACAUCUCUGAAGAGACAAAAAGAGUUGUCAGGCAAGUUCGUAAGCAGCGGCCCGGAUUCUUUUGGACCUUAGCAAGGCUUGCUUUUGAGACAUUCAAUGAUACGCGAUCGGCGAUUAAACAAAUUAGUAGUAUUAUUAAUCAAAAUAUCGAACCGGAUUCAACUACACGACGACCAGUCAACAGUCAUUCAUUGACAGUCACCAAUACAACAACAGUUACACCGAUGAAUGAACAGAAUAAUACGUCCAGCGACACGGUAGGCGUUAAUACAACGACGACAACGACAACCUCGACCACACAAGCACCUUUCAGACUCACACCAACUAAUCUGCAAAAUUUGAUUAGAAGAAAUUUGCGUGGUUUAGUGAGACUCUUUAAUAUCGAAUGGCAGGAGGCUCUGAAUCAAUCAGACAUAACUGUAAAGGAGUUUCAAAAGAAUCUUGGGAAUCAAGUAGGCAGUUUCCUACAAGACAACCCAAAUGCUUUUUAAAAGCAACA